UUUUAUCUUCUCCUUGUGUUUGGUGGCUAGCAAUACAAGCCACAGAGUUGACGGAAUGCGACAUACACUAAAAAAAGAUUUGGAGUUGGAGAGACAGUUAAAACUCAUUAACAAGACUCCUAUCAAGAUUAUUCAUACAAAGUCUGGGCAGAUUGUUGAUUGCAUUGAUAUAAGGAAUCAACCAGCCUUUGACCAUCCUUUGCUGCAGAAUCAUAAGUUGCAGAGAAAACCAAGCUUUAAGAGCAUAACGGGAAAAAAUAUUGUCAAUAGUUCUAUUUCCAAACCGGUAUUUGGCCUUGGGAAGAAUCAAUGUCCCACAGGAACUAUUCCGAUUCGAAGGACUACAAAAGAUGAUCUCAUUCGAGGUAAAUCAGUAGUCAAUUAUCUUGACGUGAGACCAAGUUUUCUCGACAUUCAUCAUGCGCAAGUAGUUCUUAAACAAAUUCCUGGAAGCAGUUAUUUUGGAGUUCGUGGAACUAAUAGCAUUUACAAUCCAAGAGUUAACAAGAAUCAAUCAAGUUUGUCUCAUAUGUGGGUUCAAAAUGGAUCAGAAGAUGAUCUAAAUGCAAUUGUCGUUGGGUGGCAAGUGUCUCCAGAUCUCUACGGCGAUGAUCGAACUUAUCUUUUCACAUUCUGGACGUCGUCAGACAACUCGAAGAAGACUGGAUGCUACAAUGUAUUAUGUCCGGGUUUUAUUCAGAUUGACAAAGAAGUCUUCAUCGGAGGAGUUAUUGACAAAACAUCUGUCGACGGUGGACCACAGUUUGAGAUGACGGUUUCUCUAUCACAGGACAACAUAACAAAAAAUUGGUGGGUGAUUAUCAACGAUAUAAACAUUGGAUAUUUUCCAGCAGCUUUAUUCUCCAACUUGAAUUCAGCUUCUCUAUUGGGAUGGGGUGGAAGAACAACUACUCCACAUGGAACUCCUAGUCCUCCAAUGGGAUCAGGACAAUUUCCUGAUGAUCACUUUUCUGAUGGAUGUUAUUUUAAGCAUAUUUCAUAUCAGGAUGAAUCUAGUGAACAUUACGAACCGGAUGAUUAUUUGAUACGUACAUUCACAGACAAACCUAAUUGCUUUGGCGCUAAAUAUUAUGGACAUUGGGAACAAGUUGAAUAUUCUCUCAUAUUUGGUGGACCUGGUGGUGAAUGUGGAAAUUGAUUAAUGUCUUUCUCA